UGCGUUGGAGUCGUGAAUCGCUAGCUCUUUUCUGUCGGGCUAAUGUUAUCCACCAUUACCCGCAUAACAUACCUUGCUCUCAUUGUCUGCUGCGAAACACUUGUGGACCAGCGCUUUCGGACAAAGCUGCAGUCACGUUGCAUGAAUUAGCCCAGUUUGAAAACGAUCGCUUGGCGAUUAGAUCGAAAACGUUUUCUUAGAAGUGAGAGGUAAUGAGACCCGUUGUUGUCAUCAUCCUAGUGAUCGCUCUCACUAUUCAGCUUUUCGAAGAGGCCCUCUCUAAAAUAACGAGACCAAAAUUGAAAAAGAUAAGAGUGAAAAAGCCGAGGACCUCAAAAUCCAAGUCUAAAAUGACACGCAUUAAGCACUCGUCCAGUUCAAAAACUAAAAUAAAGGCCUCAAAGAAACCAGCGGUUGCAGCUACGGAUACUCAUAGCCAUCAUGGACAUGGAGGUCUUGGUGGACUUUAUGUGGCGCAAACGACAACUGAUUCGGUAGCUGCACUGGGCAAUACGGGUGCUGGCAUAACAGGAGUGGUACUGCAAAGUCAGGCUGGCAAAAAUGAUAAUAAGGUUGCCACCGAAGGUGAACAGGUCGGAGAGGAAAAUAACGAAAGUGAACAGUGAACCGCAAAAAAAGAACUAUAAUAAGCAAGAAGUCUGUGGUCUCGUCUCCACAAUACUAUAGCAGCACGUGACCCAUGGAUAGUUUCAUCAUUCAAAACAAUGAAUAUUUAGAAGUAUUGACAAGAACAGCCAAUAAAGCCAACUUAAGAUAGUUAA